CGCUCUAUGAUCUCUCCCUCUUUAACGGAUCUCUUACCUUCAUGUAGCGUUGUGUGCUGGUGCCCACGUUGCGUGCAGCUGGCAGUGCAGUGGUGGUAGCCCAGACGCGAGGCACCAGCUUCGCGUCAGCCUGUGCCAAGGCUGCGGGCAAGUACGAGGUGGAUACCAUCCAGAAGGACGGCAGUGUACAGACCGAGAUCGUCGAGGUGGAAGCUGUGGGCUCCUUGGGAGACGCUGAGGGCCGUGCAGCUUUCAUGCAGCUACCGUCCAAGCUAUCCAAGCUCAAGUUCAUCGGCUUCGGUGUCACAGAGAGCGGUAUCGUCAAAGGUGGACCGGCCAUCGUGGACCUCACCGAGCUGCUCUACAACUGCUUCACAACGCAACCCAACAACAUCAUCUCGGUGAUUAAUACUGACAAUCUACCCAAGAACGGAGAUACUAUCAAGAGCUUGGUGCUGGGAACGGAAUGGAAGGGCCAGCCCAGUGAUCUGGUUCCGUUCCGAGCCUAUGUGGAGUCCAACGUGCAUCUCCACAACACGAUGGUAGACCGCUUAACGUCCCACCGAGCUGGUGACUCGCUGGUGCCGUUAACGGAGCCUUGGCCGACCAAAACACUGGUGAUCGAAGAUCUCAACGGCGUCUUGGAUGCCAAAAAGCUGAGUUCUCUACCGGGUGUACACAUCCGUACAACUGCGGGUCAAUUGGAGCAAGAUCACCUACUGAAACUGAGUAUCGCUAAUGCAGUACACACUGCUAUGGUGUAUCUGUUGGCCCUCACACGCGUGAAGACCACGUGCGAUGUAUUGAAGUAUCCGGAGAUCCGUCAGUACCUAGAUCUCCUGUACGCCAAGGACAUCGCGCCAUCACUCGAGCUGCGUGGUAUCAGUAAACAGGAGGUUCAACACACAUACGACGAGUGGAUGGCUCGUGUGGAGCACAAACACUUUGGCCUUGACAACUUCUGGGUCGGUCAGAAUGCCAUGCUCAAGUACGGGGUCAGACUAUUCAGCAAUGUGGAAGCCAAUGUGACUAAAGAUAAGAAUUACCGUCCUAGUGUGUUCAUGGCAUUCGCGACGGCUUUGAUCUUGCGAUACCUGACCCCAACUCAGGCUGACUCGAGGAAGGAGGACGGUAGUGGAGAGAUUUUCGUUGGUGCAAUGGACUCGAUCCAAGACCGUACGCCAAUCUACUCUACGACUGAGAAAACGUGGGUGUAUGCCAAUGGAUUGAGCGCAAAUAUCUCCACUGGCAAGUACGAGUUCUUGGAUGGUGAAGAAGGCCACACUGCUAAGCUUCUCUGGAAGAUUAGUCAGAAGGUAUUUGGUGCUAGUAAGAGCAGCAGCAACGACUUCCCCAAGUCUGCUCGUGCUGAGUCUUCGUCCGAGGUUUCCAGUGGUGUAGGCGUGGCUGUUGCUACUAGUAAGAGCAGCAGCAACGACUUCCCCAAGUCUGCUCGUGCUGAGUCGUCGUCUGAGGUUUCCAGUGGUGUAGGCGUGGCUGUUGCUAGUGUGCUCAGCUCCGUCAAGGGCUUCGACCUCACCAACGACGCGUACGCUUCCUUCGCUGCUGACGUCGCCGCUCUCUACCAACGUCUCGUGUCUGGCAAGCAGACAGCGCUGGAAACUCUUGAAGACGUGCUGCGUAACCACCACACUAGCGAGUAUCUCGCUACCAAGGAAGAAGUCGCCACUUUUGUGCGUGAAGCUGUCGCGAGUGUCCAGAUCAUCGACGUGCACACGCAUCUGUUCCCUCCGAGUCAUGGCAAACUCAUGCUCUGGGGAAUCAACGAACUCCUGACCUACCACUACCUCGUGGCUGAGUUCUUACAGACUGCACACAUGCAAGAGCUGACACGCAUGCGUAUCGAGAUCCUGGGCACGGCGUUCACGAGUCAGCACUCGGACGCGCGUGUGCUGGACCAGCUCAUCUACAAGUGGAGCCACUCGCGCGACGUGAUCGGCGAGGUGUUGGUGGACAUGUACGAGAAGCUGUUCGCCACGGGCUGGAAGGUGUCCAAGAGCGACAUCGAACGCGACGUGCAGCGGCUGUUCGGUCAGAGUUACGAGGAGUUCAUGGACAAGGAGAUGUAA